UUGUAAGCGGCCUAAUUGUUAAACAAUUUCAAUCAACAUAUCGCUUAUCGACUUUUCACUUGCACAUCAGCUGAUUGCUUAAUUUGAAGCAAUCGUUGAAGUAAAACGUUAAAAAUACUUUUGACAUUUUGCGUAAGCAAAUUCUUAAGUGCACCGUUUAAAAAUGGGUCAAAAAAUUGAAUGCGAAUUUUAUUUGAAACUAAUAAAAUCAGUGCGCGAGAAACCAAUUUUAUAUGAAAAAAAUCAUAAAAACUAUUACAAUAGGAAUAAACGCAACGACGCUUGGCAAGAUGUGGCUAACCAAACGGAUCGAACAGUUAGUGAAUGCAAAGCGCGCUGGAAGCUGUUGCGGGAAAGAUUCUGCAAGCAAAUGAAAAGAGCCGAUGGGUUUAUGCUGAUAGGCAAUGGGGAGACUGACGAAAAUGAAUGGGAAUACUACAAAGAAAUGAUUUUUCUGAAAGAAUCAAUAAUACCACGUCGAUCACAUAGAGAGAAGGAUUUAAGUUCCAGCUUGGAAGAGCCCAUAAUAAAUGAAAUGUUUAUAAAUAUGAAUGCAAUAGCAGAUGAUGAAUCAAAUUCGUCCAAUUCCAAUUUAUCAAAAUGCACCAAGCGUUCGCUUGAAAGCAACAAGUCGCCAGGAUUAUAUUUAGCGCCGUUGAAAAUUGAACGUAUAAUGGAUACUGAUUUUCAUAAUUCAAAUACAAACGAAAAUAAACGUUACUCAACCAAAUGCAAUAAACAAAUUGGUGCGGUGACGGAAGAUCUAGGUGAUGAAUUAUUUGUGAAAAAUAUUGCAAAUUUAAUACGCGACCUACCAAUAGAAGUUAAGGAUCGUUUUCAAGCGGAUAUGUAUACGGAAGUCUUCCGUUUGCGUGGACUUUAUCGAAACUGUUAAAAUAAAUUAAGUUAGCAUUUUAACACAUUCGUUAACGCACUUUUGUGCCAUACGCGAUAGUAUAUCUCGUUUGUAUGUUUUUGUUACCUACUUAGUUAUAUUAUAAAUUACGUACCUGUAUGUUCUUGAAUUUAGUUCAGAAAUAUUACUUAGUUUGUACUUUUUUAUAGAAAUAAUGAAUUUUUAAUACUGAAACCAAUGAAUAUGUUUGAAUGCAUAUACUCAGAUUAAAAUUCAGUAUUUUUGAAUAAAUUGUUAUCGCAAUGAAGCGAGUGUUCCAAACAUAUGAAUAUACUUCAA